AAGCGCUUCCUGUUUGGUUCUCUGCAAACUCCUGGUUGGGGUCGAUCCGGGAGGGGGAUCCACGUGCGUGGCCGGCGGCGAUCGCGGAUCUUUUCUUGCGCGCAUCUCUUGGGAAGCGGAGUCCGGGAAUUGGUAUCGCUUGAGGAUGUAGCUGUAUUUUUCUCCGUGGAGGAGUGGGCCCUGCUGGAUUCUGAGCAAAAAAAAGGUCAUGCUGGAAAACAAGAGGAACAUGGCCUCCUUAGCAGGUGACGGAUGGGAAAUGGAGGAUUUUGGCCAAGAGGCAGGACCACCUUUGCCAAAAGAGAAAAAGGAAGUUGCAGAAAAAAUGUAUGGAAAGCAAAGUUUGGAGGAAAGCCAAUUAAGAGUUGAGCUUGAGAAUUGCUCUGGUUCAUCUUCUGCAGAUACCAAUCUCUUAUUGGACAUGGAUGAUUGCCAAGAGAAAGAAGUGUGUUCAAGGUGUGGCAAAACACUCCAAGAUGAAUUGGGAUUAUGUGACUGUUGUAAAAGCCCUUUUGGAGAGAAACAAAAUGAAAGCCGGCAAUGCUCCAGGAGGAGCCUUCCUCCUCCUUUACAUGAAAGAACACAAGAAGGAGGAAAACUGUACAAAUGUACGGAGUGUACAGAAAACUUCGAUACAAGCCGCUCUCUUGCAUUGCAUAAAAAGAGUCACAAAGCAGAGGAUCCACACAAAUGUCUGGAUUGUGGAAGGACCUUCAGGCAGAAAAAUCAUCUUAAUUCACAUAAGAAGGUCCAUGAAGAGAAGAAGCAACAUCAAGGCAUCAUUGGAAGCAGCGCCUCCCUUACUUCCCAUCAAAGCCUCCACAGAGAGGAGAAGUUGCAUCAACGCAGGGAAGGUAGAAGGAGGUUUAGUUGGAGCAAGGAACCGAAUUCCCCCCAAAAAAGCCCCAUUGGGAAUAAAUCAUGUAAAUGCCUAGAAUGUGGGAAGAGCUUCCGUUCUCCAAGUAACCUCACUUACCACAAUAGGAUCCAUACAGGGGAAAAGCCGUAUCAUUGCACGGUGUGUGGGAAGAGUUUCAUCCAAAAAUCCCAUUUAAAUUUACAUAAGAGGAUUCACACAGGAGAGAAGCCGUAUCAUUGCACAGAGUGUGGAAAAUGCUUCACGACCCCCAAUGCCCUUACUUGCCAUAAGAAGAUUCACACAGGGGAGAAACCCUAUGAAUGUUUAGAGUGUGGAAAAAGCUUCAAUAGACGUGAUACACUAACUAAACAUAAUAGGAUGCAUAAAGGGGAGAAACCAUAUAAAUGCCUGCACUGUGGAAACAGCUUCAGUCAAAAAGGUCACCUUAAGUCACAUGAGAGGAUCCACACAGGAGAAAAACCAUUUCAGUGCAUGGAGUGUGGAAAGAGCUUCCGUUUCCCCGAAAACCUUACUGCCCAUCACAGAAUCCACACAGGGGAGAAGCCUUUUCAAUGCCUGCAGUGUGGAAAGUGCUUUGCCAUUUCUGUUAGCCUUCAUGCCCAUGAACGGACCCACACAGGGGAGAAACCGUACAAGUGCCUGGAGUGUGGAAAGAGCUUCCGUAAAUCCAGCCACUUAACAUCCCAUAGAAGAAUCCACAGUGGAGAGAAACCGUAUCAAUGCACAGAGUGUGGGAAGUGCUUCAAUCAAACAAGUAACCUUAAUAUCCAUAAAAGGACCCACACGGGUGAAAAGCCUUACAAGUGCACCGAAUGCGACAAAUGCUUCAGCAGUUCGAGUUUCCUCACUUCCCACAAAAGGCUCCACACUGGGGAGAAACCAUAUGAAUGCCGCACGUGUGGAAAGAGCUUCAAUACAAAAAAACCAUAUAUUGUACAUAGCAGGACCCACACUGGGGAGAAACCAUAUCAGUGCCAAGAGUGUGGAAAAUGCUUCAGUGAUUCUGGAGAACUGAUAAUCCAUAAAAGGAUUCACACAGGGGAGAAACCCUAUAAGUGCGCAGAGUGUGGAAUGUGUUUCAGAAGAAGUAGUUACCUUUGUAGCCACAAGAGGAUCCACACUGGGGGAAAACCAUAUACAUGUCAUGAGUGCGGAAAAAGCUUUAAACAUAAUAAUUCACUCAGGAUCCACAGAAGGCUUCACUCAGGGGAGAAACCUUAUAAAUGCCUGGAGUGUGGAAAAUGUUAUAAUGAGAGUGGCAGUCUUAUCUCCCACAUGAGGAUCCACACAGGAGAGAAGCCGUUUAAAUGCAUCGAGUGUGGAAAGAGUUUCAGAGGCAGGAGGAAUCUUACGUUCCAUAAAAGAAUCCACACAAGGGAGAAGCUCCUAUCAGUAUCUGGAGUGUGGAAAGAAAUUCAGAAGCGGGACUUAGUGGCAGAACGCCGCAAGCUCAUCAUUCUGGUGCCGCCACUCGUGCGCAAUGGCACAACACAACGUGGAAGAUGCCAAGUAGGGUCACAACAGGUGUCGGGGUAUGGGAGGCAUGGCUGCAGUGGUCCUAAGAAUAAAGUUGCUGCUUACAAUCUUGUCUUCAGUGUGUUCAAUUGGAGGCUGGGCACAUCUGGUAACGUGGCUGGAGCAGGAAAGUAUUAUGAUUAUUUUGCUGCCUCUUCCUGGUCGUUUGCCGUCACUUCCUUUUCUCUGCUGCCGUUUCAGAUCCAGGAGGCUUGGAGUUCAAUGGCUGCCCAACCGGCGUGGGGGAGAAAAGGGGGAGAUCCCUCCCGGGAGCCGCUGUUUCGGGGAGUUGCUCAAGAGGAGCCGCCUCCGGAGAGAGCAUCGGACACUCUCAUGGCCUCGUCUUCAUCUCCUGGAACCUCGGUUCUAUGUAGUGGAGGAUUAACAGCGGUUGAGCUUCCAAUGCAGAAUUGGGUAUCAUUUGAGGAUGUAGCUGUGUUUUUCUCCAUGGAGGAGUGGGCCCUGCUGGAUUCAAAGCAAAAAGCCCUGUACCAAGAAGUCAUGCUGGAAAACAAGAGGAACUUGGCCUCCUUAGGACAAGAUACUGUACUUUUCCAUCAACUCUUUCUUAGGCUACAAGUGUCUUCCAAAGGAAAGCGACCAAGUUCUACUUUAGCUCAACAUGGAGCAGGUGAUGGAUGGGACAUGGAGGAUUCUGGCCAAGAGGCAGCAGCACCUUUGCCAAAAGUCAAAAAGGAAGUUGUAGAAAUUAUAUAUGGAAAGCAAAGUUCGGAGGAAAACCAAUUAAUGGUUGAGCUGGAGAAUUGCUCUAGUUUACCUUGUCCAGAUACCAAUGUCUUAUUGGACAGAGAUGAUUGCCAAGAAAAAGAAGUGUGUUCAAGGUGUGGGAAAACAGUCCAAGAUGAAUUGAGAUUAUGUGACUGUUGCCAAAGCCCUGUUGGAGAGAAACAAGAUGAAAGCAGGCAAUGCUCCAGGAGGACUCAUCCUCCUCCUUUACAUGAAAGAAUACAAGAAGGAUGGAAAUCGUAUAAAUGUACAGAGUGUGCAGAAAGCUUUGGUACAAGCCGCUCUCUUGCAUUGCAUAAAAAGAAUCACAAAGUAGAGGAUCCACACAAAUUUUUGGAUUGUGGAAAGACCUUCAGGCAGAAAAGUCACCUUAAUUCACAUAAGAAGGUCCACGAAGAGAGGAAGCAGCAUCAAUGCAUUCAUAGGGGAAACAGCAUCAGAAACGGCACCUCCCUUACUUCCCAUCAAAGCAUCCACAGAGAGGGGAGGUUGUAUCAACGCAGGGAGGGUAGAACGAAGUUUACUGGGAGCAGGGAACCGAAUUCCCAGAAAAAAAGCCCCACUGGGAAUAAUUCAUGUAAAUGCCUGGAAUGUGGGAAGAGCUUCUGCUCUGCAAGUGAUCUCACUUACCAUAAUAGGAUCCAAACAGGGGAAAAGCCGUAUCAUUGCACAGUGUGUGGGAAGAAUUUCACCCAAAAAGCCCAUUUCAAUUUACAUAAGAGGAUUCACACAGGAGAGAAUCCGUAUCAUUGCACAGAGUGUGGGAAAUGCUUCAGGACCUCCAGUGCCCUUACUUGCCAUAAGAGGAUUCACACAGGGGAGAAACCCUAUGAAUGUUUAGAGUGUGGAAAAAGCUUUCGCGGAAGUGGUGCUCUAACCAUACAUAAUAGGAUACAUAAAGGGGAGAAACCCUUUCAAUGCCUGCAGUGUGGAAAGAGCUUCAUUCAAAAAGGUCACCUUAAGUCACAUGAGAGGAUCCACACAGGAGAAAAACCAUUUCAAUGCAUGGAAUGUGGAAAGAGCUUCCAUUUCUCAGCAAGCCUUACUGCUCAUCAUAGAAUCCACACGGGGGAGAAACCCUUUCAAUGCCUGCAGUGUGGAAAGCGCUUUGCCCGUUCUGAUAGCCUUCAUGCCCACGAACGAACCCACACAGGGGAGAAACCGUACAAAUGCCUGGAGUGUGGAAAGAGCUUCUGUAGAUCCAGCAUCUUAACUUCCCAUAAAAUUAUCCACAGUGGAGAGAAACCACACCAAUGUACCGAGUGUGGGAAGCGCUUCACUGAAGCAAGACACCUUAAUAUCCAUAAAAGGACCCACACAGGGGAGAAACCGUACAAAUGCCUGGAGUGUGGAAAGAGCUUCUGUAGAUCCAGCACCUUAACUUCCCAUAAAAGUAUCCACAGUAGAGAGAAGCCAUAUAAAUGCACAGAGUGUGGAAAAUGCUUCAAAACCUCCAGUGCCCUUACUCAGCAUAAAAGGAUCCACACGGGGGAGAAACCCUAUGAAUGCUUGGAGUGUGGAAAAAGCUUCAACAGACGUGAUACUCUAACCAUACAUAACAGGAUACAUAAAGGGGAGAAACCUUAUAAAUGCCAGCACUGUGGAAAGAGCUUCAGUCAAAAAGGUCAACUUAAGUCACAUGAGAGAAUGCACACGGGGGAGAAACCAUUUCAAUGCACAGAGUGCGGAAAGAGCUUCCGUGUUUCAAUAAGCCUUACUGCCCAUCACAGAAUCCACACAGGGGAGAAGCCCUUUCAAUGCCUGCAAUGUGGAAAGAGCUUUGCCCGUUUUGAUAGCUUUCAUGUCCACGAACGGACCCACAUGGGGAAACCGUACAAAUGUCUGGAGUGUGGAAAGAGCUUCCGUAAAUCCAGCCACCUAACUUCUCAUAAAAGUAUCCACAGUGGAGAGAAACGACAUCAAUGCACCGAGUGUGAGAAGUGCUUCAGUAAGCCAAGUAGUCUUACUCUCUAUAAAAGGAGCCACAUGGGUGAAACGCCCUAUAAGUGCAUUGACAAAUGCUUUAGCAACUCGUGGUCCCUCACUCGCCGCAAAAGGCUCCACACCGGAGAGAAACCAUAUGAAUGCCACACUUGUGGAAAGACCUUUAAUGCAAAAAAUAGCUAUAUCGUACAUAGCAGAACCCACAUUUGGGAGAAACCGUAUCAGUGUCAGGAGUGUGUGUAGAGUUUCAUAAGAAGUGGUUUCUUUCGUAUCCACAAGAGGAUCAUCAUGGGGGAGAAACCAUAUACAUGUCAUGAGUGCGGAAAAAGCUUUAGUCGAAAUCAUUCACUCAGAGCCAUAGAAGGCUUCAGUCAUGGAAGAAACCCUAUAAAUGCCUAGAGUGUGGAAAAUGCUAUAGUGAGAGUGGCAGGCUUACCUCCCACAAUAGGCUCCACAUAGGAGAAAAACUGUUUAAAUGCAUUGACAGUGGAAAGAGUGUCCAACUCAGCGGCAAUCUUACACUCUAUAAAAGAAUCCACACAGGGGAGAUGCUGUAUCAAUAUGUGGGGUUUAGAAAGAAAUUCACAAAGUGUAGUGACUUUAAUGGACAUAUGAAAAUGCACAGGAAGAAAAGACGUUGAUUGGUUUGUAUUGAUUUUCAAAAUCUGCUUCAUGCCCAUGAGAAUCUGUAAAAAUGCAUGGUGUAUGGGAAAGGGGUUCCAAAGCAGUAGAAGGUUUUUGAUCCAUUAAAAAUAAGUUUCCUUUUAUAUCUAGGAAUUAAGUUUUGUAUACUGUGUUUUCCCCCAAAAUAAGACCCGGUUUUAUAUUUUUUGGGGCUCCAAAAUAAAGCACUAGGGUUUAUUUUGGGAGAGACGUGAUUUCAGGAUGAUUAGCCCACCUGGGUGACUGCUCCCCCCCACCCCAGUGCAGACAGAAUAGGCAGGAAGUGAUGGUAUCCGGCAGCAGCUGCAGCCUUCUGUUCCUUUGGUCAGCACACACUGCGGCUCGUCUUCGUAUGGUAGCAUCAGCAGCAGAUGGAGGCAGAGGCAUGGGACGGACGGCAGGUGAUCCCAACACACCGUGCAGAUUGCAGGCAAACCAAGAGACCCAAGGACGAACCUGCGGCUGCUCGCCUACUCUAGCCCAACAACACUCAGCUUUAUUAUGGCCUGUGUGUCACAUCUGGAUCACUUGCAUUCCCCCACCCGCGUCUCUGCCUCCAUCUGCUGCUUGGACAGGUAAUCAAUUUACCUGCACUGCGCAGGACUUGGCUGCUGCCGGUCACCAUUGUGUGCGCUCACUGUCUCCUUUGCUAGCCACACCCAGCCCACUUCACCGGGGCUUAUUUUUGAGGUAGGGUUUAAAAAUCAAGACGGUUUUAUUUCAGGGAAGGGCUUAUUUUCGGGAAAACACGGUAUUAGAUCUUUAUGCUUGAAUAAAAUAGAGGGAGGAGAACAGAACAGAAUUAUUUAUUGAUCAAGUGAGAUUGGACAGAAAGGAAUUUGUUUGAAAUUGGGUGCAUAGAAUAGAAUAGAAUAGAAUAGAAUAGAAUUUUAUUGGCCAAGUGUGAUUGGACACACAAGGAAUUUGUCUUGGUGCAUAUGCUCUCAGUGUACAUAAAAGAAAAGAUACGUUUAUCAAGGUACAACAUUUACAACACAAUUGAUGGUCAAUAUAUCAAUAUAAAUCAAGGAUUGCCAGCAACAAGUUAUAGUCAUACAGUCAUAAGUGGAAAGAGAUUGGUGAUGGGAACGAUGAGAAGAUUAAUAGUAGUGCAAAUUCAGUAAAUAGUCUGACAGUGUUGAGGGAAUUAUUUGUUUAGCAGAGUGAGGGCCUUCGGGGAAAAACUGUUCUUGUGUCUAGUUGUUCUGGUGUGCAGUGCUCUAUAGCGUCGUUUUGAGGGUAGGAGUUGAAACAGUUUAUGUCCAGGAUGCGAGGGAUCUGCAAAUAUUUUCACAGCCCUCUUCUUGAUUCGUGCAGUAUACACGUCCUCAAUAGAAGGCAGGUUGGUAGCAAUUAUUUUUUCUGCAGUUCUAAUUAUUCUCUGAAGUCUGUGUACUGCAUAAGCUCUCAGUGGACAUGCAUACAACAAAUGAUUAACUUUUGCCAAUGUGAACAGCAAAGGUAGGUAGGGAUACAAAUACAAAUACGAAUAAUAAAUUUGGAAACUAACUUAACCAAAUGUAUAUGGUGAUUCUCAGUCAUCCAGGUUGCGAUUGUCCCAAAGGUACUUUUUUCAAGAGGCAAUUGGAUUUUCUUUGCUGUUCGGAACUGAAGAAGCUUCUUGAAUGAGAAGUGAAAAGUCUUUGAGGAAGAACAAGAAAAUCCAGUUGCCUGUUGAAAAAAGCACAUUUGCGAUAACACUUUCAGACAACACUAGGGUGCAGAAAGCUGGCUUAGAGUAUACAGAAGAUGCUGAAAUAUUUCAAGAGGAAACAUUGCAGCCUAAGUGGUGAGAUCCAGACCUAAUGGUGUUGACUACCCAUAGUUCCCUAAUGUUGGAAAGAAUCAAGCAGUGGAUCUACUAUACCCAUGUGAAGAAAGUCACACCAGAACAAAGAGAAAUAGGAUCUUCAGUGAGCACUUCAGUGGGAGAAACUGAUGGGAGAGAAUGAACUAAUGAACCAAUAUGAGUCUCGAGAGUUUUGUUAAAAGUAAUAACUGGAGGAAUGGUGCUAUGUCUGCACCAGGUAAUGUUGUUUAACUGAUUUCUAGUCUGAGAGAUGAUAUUUUUUUAAUAAGUGCCCUAACAAGGUUUAGCUUAUACAUCUCAGAUAUUGGCUACUUUUGGUCAGUAAAUUGGACAAUUUAGGGAACCGGCUUUAAUGGUCUCAGUUAGUGAUUACUUAACCCUGGGAUGGCUCCAGCUAUCAAAAAUACAGGCCAGUUGCCAUGUGUGCAAAUCACAUGACACAGGGAUUACUGCCGAAACAACAUUUACAAACAUGUUGAGGUUUCCCUGUGCAUAUAUUAGGAUAGAUUAAAAAUAGCUUGGAUGAGCUCUGCGUUACAUAUACCAGUAUGCCUCUGUGGCUCAGACUGCUAAUGCAGUCUGUUAUUAACAGCAGCUGCCUGCAAUUACUGCAGGUUCAAGUCCCACCAGGCCCAAGGUUGACUCAGCCUUCCAUCCUUUAUAAGGUAGAUAAAAUGAGGACCCAGAUUGUUGGGGGCAAUAAGUUGACUUUGUAUAUAAAUAUACAAAUAGGAUGAAGACUAUUGCUAACAUAGUGUAAGCCGCCCUGAGUCUUUGGAGAAGGGCGGGAUAUAAAUGCAAAUAAAAAUAAAUAAAAAUAAAAUAAAAAAUGCAGAAAGACGAAGAUAUUGGUGUAAAACAGGCAGGAAUUCCUUCUGACUCUGAAAACUGCAUGGCAAAUCCUGUGUAAAGCUCUCCAGUGGACAUUGGUGGGGUAUCAAGGCUUUGAGGAAGAUUUCCCUGUGUUACUUUUUCUACAGAAUAAAGUUUUCGCUUACAAUCUCCACCCCAAUGUGUUCAAUUUGAGGCACGGGCACAUCUGGUAACGCGGCUGGAGCAAGAAAAUCAAAAGUGACUUUUGAGUUCAGAAGGAUCUCAACCACGCUGGAAGUGCAAUUCUUCAGGAAGAAAUAGGGAAUACACCAGGAACCCUCUCUCUGCAAACUUCAAGCAUGCUCUAUUAGGUUUGAAGCUGCUGAACUAGGUCUAGGAGAAAUAGUUUGUACAGGUAAUCCUUGACUUAUAAUUGCAAGUGAGCCCCAAACUUUUGUUGUUAAGGGAGCCAUUUGGUAAAGUGAAUUUUGCUCCAUUUUGUGAACUUUCUUGCUACAGUUGUUAAGUGAAUCACCACAGAGUACUGGAAAAGAGAUGAUAUGGUUCCCAUCUUCAAAACAAAAACAAACAAACAAAAAACAGACUAGGAAACUACAGACCGAUCAGGCUAACAUCAAUUCCCAGGAAGAUACUGGAAAAAAGAAUAAAAAACAUCUGCCAACAUCUGGAAACAAGUAAAGUAAUAACAAGCAGCAUGGGUUUGUUAAAAACAGAUUGUGCCAAACCAAUCUUAUUUCAUUCUUCAACAUAGUGACUAAAUUAGUAGACCAGGAAAAUACUGUGGACAUAAUAUAUUUAGACUUCAGCAAGGCAUUUGACAAAGUAGACCACAACCUACUUCUUGGUAAGCUAGAAAAAAGUGAGAUAGAUCAUCACCAGACAGAUUUGCAACUGGCUGACAAACUGAACAAGUAGUCCUUAAUGGGUCUAAGUCUAUAGGAAGGGGUGGGGUACCACAAGGUUCCAUUUUAGGCCCAGUACUAAUAGGUAGUUAGGCCCAGUAAUAGAAGGGGAACUUACUAAAUAUGCAGAUGACAUUAAGCUGGCAGGAAUUGCUCACACCCUAGAAGAUAGGCUCAAGAUCCAAAAGGAUUUUGACAGACUUGAACACUGGGCCCUAGCUAACAAAAUGAAAUUCAGUGUAGAGAAAAGUAAAGUCCUACAUUAAGGCGAGAAAAACCAAAAGUAUACAAAUAGACUGGAUGAAACCAGGCUUAAUAGUGGUAGACUUUAGGAAAAACCCUUCCAUACUUCCAUCUCACAAUACUAGACAACACAGUAUCAACAGUAGAGACCUUCAAAUUUCUAGGUUCUACCAUAUUGCAAGAUCUAAAAUGGACAGCUAACAUCAAAAACGUAAUAAAAAAAGCACAACAAAGAAUGUUCUUUUUCCGCCAACUCCGAAAGCUCAAACUGCCCGAGGAGCUGCUGAUCAAGUUCUACAGAGGAAUUAUUGAGUGUCAUCUGCACCUCUAUAACUGUCUGGUUUGGUUCUGCAACCCAACAAGACACAGACUUCAGAGGAUCAUUAGAACUGCAGAAAAAACCAUGGCUACCAUCCUGCUUUCCACUGAGGACCUGUAUAUUGCACGAAUCAAGAAGAGGGCUGUGAAAAUAUUUACAGAUCCCUCACAUCCUGGACAUAAACUGUUUCAACUCCUAACCUUCAAAACGAUGCUAUAGAGCACUGCACAUCAGAACAACUAGACACAAGAACAGUUUUUUCCUGAAUGCCAUCAGUCUGCUAAACAAAUAAUUCCCUCAACACUGUCAAACUAUUUACUAAGUCUGCACUAUUAUUAAUCUUCUCACCGUUCCCACCACCCAUCUCCUUCCACUUAUGACUGUAAUUUUGUUGCUUAUAUCCUUAUGAUUUAUAUUGAUAUUGUUUCCUGAUUGCUUAUUUGUACCCUAUGACUAUCAUUAAGUGUUGUUCCUUAUGAUUCUUGAUGAAUGUAUCUUUUAUGUACACUGAGAGCGUAUGCACCAUGACAAAUUCCUUGUAUGUCCAAUCGCACUUGGCCAAUUAAAAAAAUCCUAUUCUAUUCUAUUCUAUUCUAUUCUAUUCUAUUCUAUUCUAUUAUCAGUAACAGAGAGAUCUUGGAGUCUUAGUGGACAACCAGCUAAAUAUGAGCUAGUAGUUUGCAGCGGCAGCCAAAAAAGCCAAUGCAAUCCUAAAUUGCAUUAACAGAGGGAUGCAAUCAAGAUCAAGCGAGGUAUUAAUACCACUCUAUAAAGCCUUAGUAAGACCACACCUAGAGUACUGCAUCCAGUUUUGGUCACCACACUAUAAAAAAGAUGUUGAGGCUAUAGAAAAAGUGCAGAGAAGAGUAACCAGGAUGAUUAGGGGACUGGAGACUAAAACAUAUGAAGAAUGGUUCCAGGAGCUGGGCCUGGCUAGUCUAGUGAAGAGAAGGACCAAGGGAGACAUGAUAACAGUAUUCCAAUAUUUGAAGGCUACCACAGAGAGGAGGAAGGGGGUCAAGUUAUUUUCCUAGGCACCUGAAGGCCAGACAAGGAAUAAUGGAUGGAAACUGAUCAAGGAGAUUCAACCUGGAAAUAAGGAGAAACUUCCUGACAGUGAGAACAAUCAGGCAAUGGAACAGAAAUUGCCUUUGGAAGUUGUGGGAACUUCAUCACUUGAGGCUUUCAAGAAGAGAUUGGACUGCCAUUUGUCAGAAAUGGUGUGUAGGGUCUCCUGCUUUGGGGGGGUUGGACUAGAUGACCUACAAGAUCCCUUCCAACUCUAUUAAUUUGUAAUCUGUAACUUUGCUGCUCUGCAUCCCUUUCCCUUCCCUCCUCCCAUCCUAGGCUUCAUCCCUUCCCUCUGUCCCUUGUUUCUCUGACUGCCUAGCCCACCUGGAACUUUGAGGGGGAGGGCAAUCAGGGGGACCCCUGAGUGGGCGGUGCUCUCCGCCCUUUAGAGAAUGGGAGGAGCUGGGCGGAGAAAGGAGGAGCUAUAAGCGCUAUAAGUCCCUCUGGGGAGGGAGAUCCACGUGUGUGGCCAGAAAGGAAGGAUGCUUGGCCUGCUUCCUGCGCGCAUCUCUUGGAACAAGGAACAGAGCUGCCUUUCCCUGCGGGCGCCAGGUAAGAAGCUCCUUCCCUCCCUCCUUCCUUCUUUCCUUUCUUUUCCCCACCUGGCAAUCUUGGAGGAAAAUACUUGGCUGGGGUCCUUCCUCGCGGAUCAUUUGAUAAAGUAGACCAUAACCUACUACUACAUAAAGUAGAAAAAUGUGGGUUAGACAGCACCACCACCAGAUGGAUUCGUAACUGGCUGACCAGCCGCACUCAAUGUAUAGUCCUCAAUGGAGCUACAUCCACAUGGAGGGAAGUAUGCAGUGGAGUACCCCAAGGCUCUGUUUUAGGCCCAGUACUCUUCAACAUUUUCAUCAAUGACUUGGACGAGGGGAUAGAUGGGGAACUCAUCAAAUUUGCAGAUGACACCAAGCUGGCAGGAAUAGCCAACACUCCAGAAGAUAGGCUCAAGUUACAGAAAGAUCUUGACAGACUUGAACAUUGGGCGCUAUCUAACAAAAUGAAAUUCAACAGUGAAAAAAGUAAGGU